AUGGAAUGCUUAUUGGUUUUUAUUGUUAUAGUUUUAGCAGUUGAAUCUGACAGUGGAACAGACGUCGACCUUUGCAUGGACGAACCUCCGGUAGAAGAAAAGCCAAUUAUUCCCUCGACUUCCUUCUUAUCUUCCGGCUUUUCAACAACAUCAUCCAUCAGUUCUACGACAGGGUUUUCAACCACCACAAUCACUUCCACUACUUCUUCGGGUACGAAAAAGACGACCUCGUCGACUUCCUUGCCUUCUAUUUCUUCCGUCUCUAGUACAGAAUCGGAUCCAUCACUUAAAUUCAGCGAAGAUUCAGGCAAGGUGAAUUCUAAUUGUGGUACCGCCUCAGAUAGACGAUCAUCUCCUCAAAUUGAUCUUGUAGAUGAUGCUAUCUCUGAGACUGGUAAGAGGAUAGUGCAUGAGUUUUGCUUUAAACACUGCUAG